GCGUUGCAUUAUUUCCGGUGUAAACAAGACUUCGAGCGAGGUGGGAAUCCUGGGCAGUUAUUUAUUUUUCGAUCUUGAGAACAAUGCAAAUGAAGUUGUCAUUUAUGAAGAUACAUUUAUUGCAAGAUGCACUUGAUUAAACAGCCUACAUAGAGAAAAAUAACCAGACUUGGUUUGAAAAUGAGAAAUCAAGACACUGAUCUUGUACACACAUUCAGCUUUAACGUGACUGAAAUGAAGUCUUUGUUUGCUACAUGUACAUGUGGCUUAUUUCUUUUUAAAUACUAAAAAAGGAGUACUUGUAUAACCAUGCAGGACAACCACGAGAAAGAUCUACCUCUAUUUUCUAAUGCCAAAGACAUCCAUGUUAAACACUACAUCUUGGACUUAACAUGUGAUAUGCCUGCUAAGACAUUCAGGGGCUCAAUCACAUUGUUUUUGACUCCACUGAAACAAGGUGAUUCCUGUAAAAGAUACAUGAGUCAUGGAGUUAAUGCUUUAGGAUCUACACACUUGAAGCCUGCAGAAGAAGACAUAGUAACUGGCACUUCAAGUAUGGAUACUACAACUCAGGAGUCUACCAGCACCCCCAGUAUGUGUUCCUCAUGUACUGUUAUAUUACCAUGCUGCACAAAGGAUUUUGAUUCCAAUAAACUAGAUGUUAGCCAUUAUGAUAACUCAGGGCAUUCAUAUACCUCGUGUGAACCUCAGGUUGAUGUUAUGAACACAGUUCUACAGGGAAAAACCAGUCAGGUAGUUGUACAGGACAGAGCACUGGGUGACACACAGGGUUUUGGCAACACUUCCACAGAUCCUUAUGCAAAUAUGUGUCAUAGAGCUCCACAAAUGCAACACAGGCUUAGCCAGACAGAUGUUACUAAUAUACAGCCCUUCCAGUUAGUUCUGGACUGUUGUGACAUCAGCAUUGUGAGUGUUUCUGAGAUCCACUCGUCUCAGUAUCACCACCUGAUCUGUAAUGCCGAGAACACACACAAGAACUAUACAGAGUACAGUGAACUAUGUCGGCAUUGUCAUGGGAAUAACACUACGAGCCCCCUUCACUUCUCUGUUGAAAAAUGGUGUGUUAGAAUUUGGAAAGAUGGUGUCACGUCUUGUGGUGAUUUUCCUAGGGUUGUGAAGAUUAACUACGCAACUUCUCCAGCUGGUUUGUCUUUAAAAUGGACUUAUGAUAUCUUCCCCUAUAAAAACUUGAGCUCAUCCAUCAGCUCCCAGCAUUCAGCUGACUCUAGUUGGAAGAAAACACCAUGUUCAGCAUGCCAACCACUGCCUUGUGUAUUUACCCCUGGCACUUGGGUAAACAACAGAUCAUUCUUCCCAUGCCAAGAUGUCCCUGGUGCCAUGUCAACAUGGCAGGCAAUGAUCCAUGUGUCUGAGCCCAUGGUGGUCCUGAUGACUGGGGAGGAAGAUGGUGUGGUCACACAAGGUCAAAAUGGUCAGAUGGUGUACUACUUCCAGUCUAGUAUGGUACUCCCCAGCUCCACACUUGCCAUUUCUGUGGGACACUGGGAAUGUGUACUGAUAUCAAAUGCUAUGGAAGACACUGUGAGAAGUACAUAUGUUCCUGAAUUCUGCUGCCAUGAUAAUGGAGAGUCUUGCACAGUUCACUUCUCACCCAGCCCUAUCCUGCCCUGCAGACUCUAUGCACCACCAUCACUUCUCAGCCAGGCUCAGGCUCAGUUCAAACAAUACAUUCCUAAGUGUCUUGAGGCAGCUUCCAAAUUGCUAGGGCCACAUCCCUUUAGGAAACUGGACAUACUGAUUGUACCACCAGGGUUUGCUAGUCUUGGGAUGGCAAGUCCAAACCUGAUGUUCUUGUCCCAGUCUAUGUUGUCUUCAGAUGGAAGCAUGAACAUCAGAUUUGCCCAUGAAGUAAGUCACUCCUGGUUUGGACUGGUGAUAGGAGCCAAAGACUGGACUGAGGAAUGGCUCAGUGAAGGAUUUGCAACUUAUAUGGAGGAUUUUAUUCAUGGACUUGCAAUAGAGUGGACAGAAGAAUUACAGAGAGAUUAUUCAGAGCUGAGAGCAUUGUUAAGAUACAGAACACUUUCAGCAGAGAUGGAAAUCACUGAAGAUGAGUUGCAAACUCUGAGGCCAGCACAUGGAAUUGAAGUGAAGGAUCCUGUUACAGAUGUUUCUUUUGUGAAAAAUGGGCUAAAUUUUGACAAGGGCUUUACACAGGUGCACUAUUUGAAGGGAUAUUUUCUUCUGCGUCAUUUGGCCAGUCUAGUUGGAACUGCCAAAUUCAACAAUAUGUUAAAGUUGUAUGUUAUGAAGUUUCAUGGGCAGCUUGUUUCCUCUCAGGACUUUCUAGAGUAUGUAUUUACAACUUUCCCUGAACUUAAUAAUAAGGGAUUAACUAUUGAAUCUAUAUACAAGGAAUGGCUGGAUCACCCAGGAAUGCCAAAGCUCUAUGCACCACCAUCACUUCUCAGCCAGGCCCAGGCUCAGUUCAAACAAUACAUUCCUAAGUGUCUUGAGGCAGCUUCAGAAUUGCUAGGGCCACAUCCUUUUAGGAAACUGGACAUACUAAUUGUACCACCAGGGUUUGCUAGUCUUGGGAUGGCAAGCCCAAACCUGAUGUUCUUGUCCCAGUCUAUGUUGUCUUCAGAUGGAAGUAUGAACAUCAGAUUUGCCCAUGAAGUAAGUCACUCCUGGUUUGGGCUGGUGAUAGGUGCCAAAGACUGGACAGAGGAAUGGCUCAGUGAAGGAUUUGCGACUUAUAUGGAGGAUUUUAUUCAUGGCCUUGCCACAGAGUGGACAGAAGAUUUACAGAGAGAUUAUUCAGAGCUGAGAGCAUUGUUAAGAUACAGAACACUUUCAGCAGAGAUGGAAAUCACAGAAGAUGAGUUGCAAACUCUGAGGCCAGCACAUGGAAUUGAAGUGAAGGAUCCUGUUACAGAUGUUUCUUUUGUGAAAAAUGGGCUAAAUUUUGACAAGGGGUUUACACAGGUGCACUAUUUGAAGGGAUAUUUUCUUCUGCGUCAUUUGGCCAGUCUAGUUGGAACUGCCAAAUUCAACAAUAUGUUAAAGUUGUAUGUUAUGAAGUUUCAUGGGCAGCUUGUUUCCUCUCAGGACUUUCUAGAGUAUGUAUUUACAACUUUCCCUGAACUUAAUAAUAAGGGAUUAACUAUUGAAUCUAUAUACAAGGAAUGGCUGGAUCACCCAGGAAUGCCAAAGCACCUGACAGGAUACCAGCCCAGAGAAUUGAACACACUGUACUCUACAUCAUUAGCUGAGGUAGAGAAAUGGAGAGAUUUAACUGCAAAGAUCAUGAGGUCAAAGAUAAAGAGAAAAGCCAAGAAGUCAAGGAAAUGUGAAGAAGUGACAUUAGAAGAAGAAAAACUUGAAACACAUCUGAUUGCAGACCAGAUUGUACUGAUAUUAGAACUACUGCUUGAAUUGGAUAAAAUGCCAGCUGAAACCUUGGAGAAACUGCAGGAGCACUAUUGUCUUCAAAGCCAAAAUGCAGAUGUAAAACACCGCUGGUGUGAACUAAUAGUGAAACACAAGCAUGUGGCUGGGUAUAGCCAUCUUCAGGACUUCUUAACUAAUCAUCAGGUAUUAAAGAGAAUAUGUUCAUUUUGUUCAUUUUAUUUUACAUGUACGUUUGCUCAUUCAGCUAGGGAUGCCACAACAAUGAUUCUGAUUGAGAAACCAGGUCUUUUUUUCCAGAAAAAUACAUUCCAAGCAAUGGGAGUGUACUUGUAUGGAGAAUGCAUCAUUUCGGGUUCAAAAAGAUUGGAACGUCUGGCUCGUACCUGCUACGAUCUCACUACACAAAUGGAAGAUGGGACGCGAAGGACUGUGCAAGAAAUGUUGACUGGGAAAGCGGCCUCCUCCUAUACUUGA